GUCUGCGUGUAGACACUAGGUUGUGGUAGCUGAGUGGUGUAGCUAACUUGCGGCAAGAAAAAGGGGGCUGGUUGCGACACACAGUCUUACACACACGCACGCACGCAUGCAGACAAGACAAUAAAAUACACUCUUUGUUACAUGAAACCCAUGAAUUCUUUCUUAUAUGAAUUUUUCCCUCCGAAGGUGAUUACACCAGAUCAUUUGUAAAUUUUUAAAUUAUAUAUAGGUGGCAUUUAUUUUGCGUGGUUAGUGAAGGAAUUUCUAUAAACGCGUGUGACAAGCACGUGCGAUUCAACACUCCCCUGGGAGACUGUUUGCGCACUUUACCACCUUUCUGUCAUUCUCGAUGAUAUCUUGCCCCUGGCCUGACAGAGGUCAAAGUCUCAUUCUCCCCACCAACCCCAGUUAACGUGUAAUCCGUGUACUCGACGAGAGGAUCUGGAUCUGUUGCCCACCUGACCGGCCCUGAUCAACCCUGAAGGCUUCCGAAUUAAAGGUAUGUUGUUGCCUUCUUACUCUUGACAUCGAGGCCAACACACAGCCUAGCAAACCUGAAAGGAUGCGAGCCAGCAACACUAGUAAGCUGAGCUAGUCACGACAGUGCCAUCCUCCAUUCCUGUCUGCCCCUCCCUCCACGUGCGGAGCCUGUCAUCUGUCCCUGACGUCACGCGGGGGAGGUGUGGGGGCAGUGCCAUCUUUCCUGCCUGCACCACCAGUAGGCAUGCGCGAUCCGACCUGCGCUGGUCACAUGUAGUCAGUAUUCAUACGCCUAAAUCACGCCUCCGGUAUACCUACAUCCCUACUUGACGGUGAUUUGCCCACGCUCGGCGUCCUCGUCGAUAAAUUCUCCUACGAAGCGGAACUGCGGAGCCAAUUGAGACUAACGAGGGUGUAGCCAGCGUGCAGAGUGUCGAGGCGAGUACGAGUGCAGAGAAACCAAUGACACAGUUCUGGGGUACAAUAGCUUCAACGUGAGGUUUAACUUCCCAGUCAGUGUCAUUGUAAUUCAAUCGGCCAGUCUGCAGUGACAGAGUAAUCUCGCUGAAGCCAGCUGCCUUGACGCCCAAGACGUUCCUGUUGUCAUGGGAAACUGCAGUUCGAAAACUGUCCAACUGGAGCUGGACUCAGAUCGGUCCUAUGAUCUGAUCAGAGCAGCGCGGCAGAAGUAUUUAGAGGACAGUGAAAUAGAUUCUGACGAACAUAUCGAACCCGACACACCUGUGAAGCCGAAGCAGCAAUUCGAGCAGGCCAGCAUCACCAAGAAAGCCACCACCCUGGACCCCAGGGAUUACGACUACCCCUUCGAGAACCUCGUGUUGGAGGGGGGAGGAAACAAAGGCAUUGCAUAUUGCGGGGCAAUCAAGGUUCUCGAAGAGCUCGACCUGUGGAAAAACAUCAGACGGUUGGCCGGAGCCAGUGCCGGUGCGAUGACGGCAGCGCUGCUUGCCGUUGGCUACAACUCCGACCAGCUCGAGAAGUUUCUCAGCCAAGGCCUCGCCGGAAUAUUUCUAGACCACAAAUGCGGAUACUGCAGUUUGUUGCCCAAUCUGCUCACGGGAUACGGGUGGAACCCUGGGAUGAAGAUCUACGACUGGUUUGGCCAGAAACUUGCAGAGCAGGAUACUAAAAACCACAACCCAGACAUCACGUUUCUUGACGUGUACAAACAGUUUGGCAAGGAGCUGUGUAUAGUGGUGACCAACCUGAACCAGAUGUCCAUAGAGUACUUUCACCCCAAGACCACACCCAACGUACCCGUGCGGCUUGCCGUGCGGAUGUCCAUGUCAAUACCGGGGUUAUUCAUGGCCCUGAGACACUCUUAUCAUGGAGAAAAGGAUAUCUUUGUUGACGGUGGAGUGCUGUGCAACUACCCCAUCCAUUGUUUUGAUGGCUGGUGGCUGUCGAUGGAUCCCGCAGAUAGUUUUCUGAAACGUCUGCAGCCACUGGACAACAUCCAUCGGCUUUUGGACAGAACGGAGCGCUUCGGCACCAAAAAUGACAGGACCCUUGGCAUGUUACUCUUUGCCGACAACGAGAGAGAGUUGCUACGGUAUCACGUGGAAGCUCGACUCGAAACACCUCUCCAGGAAUUACCGAACACCAGACUUGCCAGCGUGAAGAAGAAAAAGAAGGAGGAUCUGCAAAACGAAACACGAAAGGAGCACGGACGUCUUGUCAGAGCUGCCAACGCUUUCCUUCGGGUUCUUGAGAAACACGAUAUUAACCAGAGCUCUACGAUCGACCGAUCAGAGCUGUCGGCUGCCCUGGAUGAUAUAAAUGACUUCAAACUCAAGUACAGGCGCUAUUUGUUCGGUGACUUAGAAGCCGAUACCAUUCUUCGGUGUCUCGACAAGGAUGGAGACGGAGAGAUCACCUACCAAGAACUCGUGCUUUUCUUGGAAGUGACGGGAAUAGACAUGCAGAUGCGUUUCCUUGGAUACCAGAGGCAGGAAGUCAACAGCUUUUACACCUUUCUUUGUACCUUAGAGUCUACACUGCUCACCAACAUCAAACGAAUCCACGUGGAGGAUUGUGACGUACAGCGGACAGUGGGCAUCAACACAGGUCACGUGGACACCAACGAUUUCGUCCUGGAGGACGAGGACAAACAGUUUCUCUUAGAUAGAGGAAGGGCAGCUUGUGAAGCCUUCUUAAAAUAUUACGCUGAGGCUAAAGAUUUGCAAAAGCGGGGAUCGGCGAGUGAUGAAAGCAGCUCAAAGGAAAACCUUGUCACACCCGAGGUUGUCUCCUCCGCUAAGAACUCUCUGGCAGCGCGAGACCCGGAGAAUACCAACACAUCAUGCCCUCCACUUUCGUCUGCUGUCUUAGAAGGUUCAGAUGAUAAGAUGAAUGAGUCCAUUGAAACCCAGAUCACAGAGGAAUGUGUUCCUUUCUUGAGAGACAAUAAAUCCUGAUCCUUGACUUCUUUGGAUCAUCAGUCACCGACCAAGUCUGCUCGACUGUCAGUCAUUAUAACCGAUUGUGUUCUUCUCACGUUGGUUGUUGGUGUAUUCCACACAGAUUCAGCAAGUUCUCAUCUCCAGCUAGUCCAGCGCUGUUGUUGCUGUGACAUGCGAGUUCUUGCCCCCGACACAGGAUCCGAGUGAGCUCCCCUCACACCAAGCAAGAGGACACCAGAUCUUGUAGCCCCGUGUGUUGUCGCCAUAAACAGAUAUUAUUACAGUUUCUUGUUCACCGCCUCAUCUCCACAAGAUAUAAUCCCUGAUCACCCUUGCUUUCACCUCACCUGCUGUCAGGUGUAAAAUGUGAAGUACAGGAACAUCAUAUCUCUAUACCAACGGCUCAUCCAUGACCUUUAAAAAAUGACAAUGAAAAGUACAAAAUCGCCCAUUACCGUGUUUAUCCCUUUUAAGAAUUCCUGUAUAGAGUGUUGUUUGACAUAAUUUUUUUUUUUAAUUUAUUACUACUCUUGCAGUAUUAAAGUUAAAUUUUCAUUUUGUCUUUUAAAUUAAAUAUUAAUUAUAUAUUUUCAUUAAUUAUUGAAAUCAAUUUUCUUUAAUUAUAUAUUUUUUUCUGUUUGAGGUUUUGUGUACCAUACUUUUGUCUUUUUCCUUUCUCUGAACAUUUUCUUCUUUCUUUCUUUCGCCCUAUGUUCACAGAUAAUUGUGCCUUUCUUUUUUCCCACGCUUUCUUGAAUUGUUUUCGUUAAUUGCAUAAAUAAUUGUCACCUGUUAUCCAACAGUGAUAAAUACCACCAAGAUGGUGUUCUCACUUCCUGCAAGGACACUUGUCAAUCACACAAUGAUAUUUGAUUGCACAAUUUGGAUGGUCCUUUGUCCUCACACACACACACACUCUCUUUUGACCCAUGUACUGGCCUCUACACCGAACUAAGACUUUUGACAGGCACCAGUGAUAAAGAAAUAUAAUUUCCAUUUAAAGUUGCUUGUUAUGUCACUUCAGUCAACGUACUGUCUGGUGCACUUGUUGAGUUGCUGAAAUACAAAUUUUAUUACAUUUGAAACUGUUUUAGAGUAGCUAUCAUGUUACAGCACAAAGUUCAUUGUAAUUACAGUAUUUGUCAUGACACUAGUUAGGUGAAAGCUAAAUGCCAUGCAGACCUUUCUAGUGAAUUUCAUUAGUUAAUUUAUAAUAAACAAAGAAAAAAACAGGGCUACAUAUUUUUCCUUGUUUUUAAGCACUCGGUUAAAUCCCUCCCACAAAUUCUUAUUCUAGCCUUAACAUAGCUUUCGUGGCCCCAUAAUCUUUCAAUGAAAACCAUUUUUUGAGUGUACUUGCUAUAUUUUUUCUCUCGUUAUUGAGUCAACGGCUUUACGAAAUCAGUAUAUUAUACGUUUUUGGGGCUGACCAAUAGCUUUUGCACGUGUGCCAUUAUAGUUCAUAUGUUAUCUACAGGGCUAUGUUUUGUUUCUGAAAACAGUUUGUGCUUCACUUACUACUUUGUGUUUCUCAAUCCAGUAAUUAAAGGAAGAGCGAGAGAGAGAGAGAGAAUAAGCGAGGGGUGCGGGUACAGGUAGCAAAUGAAUUGUGUUGGUGGAGUGGAUAGCGAGCAAGACAUUGUUAUCUUACUAACAAGUGAUGUGACCUCACUGACUGUGGUCGUUUCCAGCCAUGAUACAUUCCAAUAAAAUACCAAAGACAUU